GCCGCUAACGUUAGCCGCCUAGCCAAGAUGACGGCGGUGAUGGCGGACGGAGCCCGUUAUUUCCAGACUAAUACCGACACGUUUCAGCACGCAGGCUGCGUCUAGACGCGGAUUUUAAGAUAAACGAAGCUUUAGACUGUAGAUUGAGCUCGAGGAAAAAGGGUCGUGUCGGUUAAAAUGGGAAGGUGAAGCUGCUUCUGUGAACACUUACAUGGAAAGUUACCAUGGGAGGCCACGAUGAUGAAGACAUGUCGUAUGUUGUGAACAAGCAGAAACAGGAUGAAGAGCUGAAGAACAAGCUGAACGACAGCAGCCACUGGUGCGAGCAGGAGUCCACCGGCAACAAUGCCAAAUGGGUCAAAGAAGGCCGGAACCAGCUGCGGAAAGUGGCCGAGAACAACCAGCAGGACCAGGACCACAACUGCAACAUCAGCCAGAAUGGGAACAAGGAGGACUUCCCACCACGUCAGACCACCACUCAGGAAGAACAGCAGGGGAACGAGGAGCAGAACAAGUCUCCCAAAAUAGCAAUGACCCCCGGUCUCAGUCAGGAGGAGUCCAAGAACAUCCUGAACGAGCCGCUGCUCAUCACCGACACACUGGAGUCCACAGAGGAGAAGGAUAAAGAGAGAGAAGAGGGCGGCAAAGAGAAGGAGAAGACAUCGGAGGACGAUGAUGAUGAUGAGGAGACCUCGGGUGGAGGGCCGCAACAACAGGGGAGGGAGGGCGGCGUGGUGGGGAGGAACGCCUGCCUCCUGUUCUCCAACAUGAACGGGACGCCCAACGAUGAAGAGACCAGCUGGCCCGCUCUGUCUCAGGACAACACGGCCGACAGCUCUCCUAACGGCAACAGAGAGUCCUUCUGGGACUCCAGUGCCUUUGAGACGGACACAGACCUGCCCUCAGGAUGGAUGAGGGUGCGAGAUACGUCAGGCACAUACUACUGGCACAUCCCAACAGGCACCACCCAGUGGGAGCCUCCUUCACCCCUGGGUAAAGUCGGCGACUCCAUGAUGUCCUCGACCAUGUCCCUGGAGACUACACCCUGUGAGGAGCCCGAGGAAUCCUGGGCUCAGCUCUCCAGCACCGAUGAAGGAGCCGGUGAAGGCGAACUGUGGAGGGAGGAGGGAGAGGUCGCAUCUGAUCAAAGUCUGAAGGAGUUUGAAGGAGCCACUCUACGCUAUGCAUCCAUCAACCUGAAUUACAAUUGUGCCCAGUCUGAGGAAGAAGAGAAGCUCGCUCCGCUGUGCACAGACUUAGAAACUAAAUGUUUUGCAGUGCGCUCUCUGGGCUGGGUCGAGAUGUCCGAGGAGGACAUGGCGCCCGGAAAGAGCAGCAUCGCCGUCAACAACUGCAUCAGGCAGCUGUCUUAUCACAAACACAACCUUCAUGACACCGCUGGUAUCUGGGGAGAGGGUAAGGACAUGCUGAUGGUCCUGAAGAAUGACAACAUGAACCUGAUCGACCCGCUGGGCCAGACUCUGCUUCAUGCUCAGCCGAUCGGCAGCAUCCGUGUUUGGGGUGUUGGCAGGGACAACGGCAGGGAAAGGGACUUCGCCUAUGUGGCUCGGGACGACCUGACUCAGGUUCUCAAGUGUCACGUUUUCCGCUGCGACUCACCUGCCAAGAACAUCGCCACCAGUUUACAUGAGAUGUGCUCAAAGAUAAUGAUGAAGAGAAAGGCGAGCAAGCCGGGCGUGAGCAGGCUCAACUCUGACCCGGGUAACCCCGUGGUCAUCCCCGUGGAAGAGUUUCCUGCUCCCAAAAAUGAACUCUUCCAGCACUUCCAUGUUUAUUACCUUGGCUGUGAGGCUGUGGCAAAACCAGUCGGUAUGGAUAUAAUCAAUGAUGCACUGGAGGCGGCAGUGAAUGGCAAAGAUAGAAACGAGUGGACUCCUGUCUCUGUGAAUGUCGCACCAGCCACCCUCACGAUACUUUCAAAACAGAAUGAGGCGGUGCUGUCAGAGUGCAGGGUGCGCUUCCUGUCGUUCAUGGGCGUGGGGAAGGACGUCCACACCUUCGCUUUCAUCAUGGCGGAGGGGCCCCGAGAUUUCACCUGUCACAUGUUCUGGUGCGAGCCCAACGCUGCCAGUCUGAGCGAGGCCGUGCAGGCUGCCUGCAUGCUUCGCUACCAGAAAUGUUUGGACGCGCGUCCACCCGGCCUCGCCUCCUGCCUGCCCACUCCUCCUGCUGACUCUGUGGCUCGGCGGGUCAAGAAGGGGGUGCAGAGUCUGCUGGGCAGCUUUAAGAGCUACAGGUCAGGCUCUCAAUCCCCAUGAGCUGGAGUGAAGAUGAUCCACAGUCCAUUAAACACAAGGUCCAUCACCACAGCCCCCCUUCAAAUCUCACUUUCUCCUCCUCCUCCUCUCAUCCUUCUGCCACAGUUUCGCCUUAUGACCGUUUCACUUGUCUAGUCACUAGUCUAGUGUGUGGAGUAGUUUUUUGGGGAAAAUGCGUCUGAAAAAAACAAAACAUUGAUUUGAUUUUUUUAUUUUGGCGUUUUACUUUGUACAACAAGUUUGAACCGCCUGACAUCUCUGCGGGAUUCUUUCUGUGAGUCUUAACUAUUUUUGUGUUUUAACAGAAACAAUGCUAUGAAUGUCGGUUUAUGGAUGUAAUAUAUAUAUUUUACAUGCAGACACUAGAAUUUGCUUGAAAAAAAAAAAGUGGUUGCUAGAUUCUCUCACAGAAACGUUUCUCUCCUCCUCCUCCUCGGUGCAGUUCUCAUCUCUAACGCUCCUCUCUUUUUUCUACUCUUGAACAAAGGUACUGUAACACAGUCGUCGUCACAGAAACAUCACCGCACCCUUCUCUCGCCCUCUCUCCACCUUUUAGGCUGUAAUACAAGCGCUCGGUUAAGUGUGCCAAGUAGUUCUGUGUACCCGACCCUCCCGAACACGACGUGUUUUAGUCUUCCAAAGAACUGUAUGGUCAUCUGUCACGUAGUGAGCAACCACUGAUUUGAGUGUAGUGUGUUCCUCAUUCAUUCUGCAUGAACAUUUGCAAGUUCAGUGCUAGUGUGCAAUAAUCAGAUGUUCCUGUACGGCGUGGUGACGUGACGGCUGGCUGGAUCGGAGCGUGCGAGGCUGACGGGAACAGCGGAGCCAUUUUCUCGCGCGAUAGAAAUAAAAGUAAUAAAACUCUACAAACUCUGGGUGUUCACGCAGCCGUUUACCACCAACAGCUACUGAACGGUGAAACUCGCCACGAGCUGCAUGUUUUUUGAUAGCUUAGAGUUUUUUGCUGCUCGCAGCGGUUUUAGCGCUUAAGACCCCCCAUAAAUGUAUCCUGUAAAUUCUUUCUGUGUUUCCGUGCGGUGGGAGGAGGCUGGAGUCGAUGUGUUGUCUCGUGUUUCAUAGGCAUGUCACUCUAGUUAGUGUCAGUGUUUCUCAUAAGCUUAGCAGUAGAGAGUUAGACUUCCUGUCGCUUCCUUCAGACUGAAAAAGACCAGAGCGGGUUAAUCCACGGUUUGCGUAUACGGGAAAACCUCAAGAUCAUUUCUCCGAUGGUUUACACUUUUCUUUUUUCCCCUCUCCAGUUAAUGUAUUUUUUAUUGUUUCCACGCACUACAAUGUACAAUUUAAGACGGUUAGCUCGGUAGAUUUACUUUUUUAUAAAGAAAACACUAAUUAGCCAAGUCGUGUUUUAUCUUUGUGUGUAUGUCAGUGAUCAAUACUGUAUGUAGCACAAUAGUAAUAGUCAUCUCUAAUACUAAAGAUGCAGUUUGUAAGAUUUGUUGACCUGCAGGGCGUUUGUUUGUUUGUUUGUUUGUUUGUUUGUUUGGCCACGCUGUCUCCUCGGUCCACGACGUAAAGACGAAAAUAAGUCCACAAGAUUAUUUUAGAGCAAAUGUAUCAAUUAAAUAACGAGGAAAUUAUUGUGCAAGCGAAUGUACAGACAAAACAAAUACAGCUUAUAUUUAUGAAACGGUGAUUUCAUGACGUGAGACUUUGUUAAAUAUUGAAAUAUAAACCGGUGCACAAAGGUCUCGUUUUCCUGCCAUCAGCAUCGAAUUGUUUUUUUCUUGUUUUUAACUUUCUAGCUUUUGUUUUUGGAUAUUUUCUUUUAAAAAGCUGAAAUCAGAAAAAAGAAGUUUGGUGCUUGUAAAAUCUCUAAUCCAUGUUUGGAUUUCAAAGUGAGCACAGAGACGUGUGACAGAUUUCCAAUUCUAAAGCUGUCAUGGAGUCGGUCCUCUCUGUGACGACUGGCCUUCCUCCAACUUUUCUCCGUAGGUUCCUAUAGACGUUUUUAACAUUUUAGACGUGCUCAAACACUAAAAACUCUUACCAACUGCUUCUUUAUACGUGUAAGUUAUAACACUAAUGAAAGUUAGUUGACUCAUGUUACUGCCUUGUCACUCAUGUGUCACUUGGAAAUAUUUCUUUUGCCGUGUCCAGUCGGUGGCAAAAACACUAAAGCCAGACGAGUUAAAGAACAUUAGCAGAUUAAUUUAUUUCUGUUCAUGUAAAUUAGGUGUAUAAAAUGUAUGUAUAUAAAAGUCACUGCACAAUAAAUGUGAACAUAUCAUAAAA